AUGGUUUUUUUAGUUAAAGAUGAGAAACCUGAACCAGCUCAAAAUACACCAAAUUCUGAAAUAGAAAAAGCAAUGGAAGCUACACUUAUGGCAUUUGACGGAAAAUCUCAAGACAAAAAGAAAAUUAAGGUUGAGGAACCGAAGAAAGAAGAGCCUGAGGAUGAGCAGGAAAUUAAUUUGAAGAAACGGCAAAUUGAAAUUUUUAGAGAAAUGCUUCAAGAAAAGGCUAAUGACCGUCGUAUAAAUACAAACAUGAGUUGGGAACAAGCUAGUAAAUAUAUUCAACAUGAUGUUCGUUUUAAAAUAUUACCCAAAGUUUCCGAGAAAAAACAAAUUUUCAGUGCAUGGAAGAUUCAGAGAUCAAAAGAUGAAAGACAUGAACGAAGAACAGCAAUUAAAAAAGCUAAAGAAAAUUUGGAAGAAUGGUUAAUGUCAAAUGUAAGAAUGAAGCCAACCCUAAGAUAUCAUAAAGCUGAAAAAUAUUUUGCUGAUGAACAUUUAUGGAGAGCUGUAUCAGAUGUCGAAAGAAGAGAAAUUUUUGAUGAUGUUAAAAAAGCAAUAAUAAAAUUGGAUGCUGAACAGAAAAAAGUGACAAAAGAAAGAAAUAUAAAAACUUUGGGUGAUAUUUUGGAAGGAAUGGAUGCUAUAGAUCAUACAACAACUUGGGCACAAGCACAGAGAAUUUUGAUUGAAAAUCCGGAUUUUGCUAGAGAUACAAUUUUACAAGGUUUCUUUUUUUUGGUUUUGGGAGAGGAUUUUGGUUUUCGAUAA